ACUUUGAGACCGCUCAUGCUGGCUCUUGAGAAAAAGCCGCGCGCGUGAUUCUCAUGACGAGAUGAACCACACAUACAUGCAGUAGCUCCGCACUGACAGAACCAGUCAGCCAACAUCAUUGGGACAUUCCGCACCGAAAGAGACUCAUAACUUCACCCAGGACAGGACACUAUUAGCUGCACCAUCUGAUAAGAGCUUGCGCUAGAGCGUAUCUGUGUUUAUUUUUUUACUUAGUGAAACGCUUCCAGUGUCAAUUUUGACAUUUGGCAGCCUAUUUGAAUGCUGUAUGCGUUAAUUCCUCCAUUCAACCCUGGAUAUAACCGAUGAACUCACGACAUGUCGAGUUGUCUACUGGCAGUGGCACCUGAGUGGCGGUAACUUUCACGAUCCUCUCACGGUCUGCUAAUUGUUAGCCCAUACUGUCAGUGUAUACUUUGACGGCACGGAGGAGUCCACAAACCGAGGAUUACCUGUUGGAUACUUUUACUAGUGCUGUCACGGGGAAAGGUGAAACGGCAUGGCUGUGGACGCGGCCUCCAGUUUCAGUUUCUGCCGGCCUGCUGUGGAAUACAGAGCGCUGCCGGAGGACUUCAACCACCUGAGUCGACGGACGGGAGGGAACCUGACUUGGCAUGACGGGCGGGGUCAGAAAACAGCAGGGGGCCGGACAGUGAAGCUGCUCCAACAGCCUGGGACAGAGAAAUAUCAGCGCCGUUCAGGCGACUCCUAUGGAAUCUACCACACCAGCCCCACCCAGCCUAGUCUGAUCCGGCCUGUGGUGUUAUGGACUCAGCAGGACGUCUGCAGGUGGUUGAAGAAACACUGUCCUCACAACUACCUGACCUACGUAGAGGCCUUCUCUCAUCACGCCAUCACAGGCCGUGCUCUGUUGCGUCUGAAUGGAGAGAAGCUGGAGAGGAUGGGCUUGGUGCAAGAGACACUGAGGCAGGAGCUCCUACAGCAGGUGCUUCAACUGCAUAUGCAAGAGGAGGGACGAAACCUCCAGCUCCUUAGCAGAGGUGGCUCCUUUGGAAAUCUAUCGUAACAUAACAUUCCAUUUCUGACUGGGUUGUUUACAGUGAAAACUGGAAAGAUUAUAGAGCACUUCAACCAUGUACAAGCAGGGAGUCUGUACACCAGUCAGAAACUAGGACUGUAAUGUGAACCACAUGGAAACUAUUAACUCUGACGAGGACACAUGAGAUGAUCACAUGCCAUAUCCAACUCAGACAGAACCGGGGGAGAUGGAACACUCCCAAAUAUACAUACAGAACCGGGGGAGAUGGAACACUCCCAAAUAUACAUACAGAACCGGGGGAGAUGGAACACUCCCAAAUACACAUACAGAACCGGGGGGAAUGGAACACUCCCAAAUAUACAUACAGAACCGGGGGAGAUGGAACACUCCCAAAUAUACAUACAGAACCGGGGGAGAUGGAACACUCCCAAAUAUACAUACAGAACCGGGGGAGAUGGAACACUCCCAAAUAUACAUACAGAACUGGGGGAGAUGGAACACUCCCAAAUAUACAUACAGAACUGUGAUCAAUAGAGCACAGCCCCAACUUUGAGAAGUUGGAUAUUGGUUUUCCAUCAACUAAAGGGACAGACAUACUAUACAGUUCUAUCUGUGAUUUGAAAUGAAAGGAUGUUAUUAAAGGCUUCAUGUCAGAUUGGC